AGCAAUUCUCGAUUCCGUUGAUUCCACCCGACCUUACAUUUGAUCAUGAGCUUCUGCCAGAACUGCGUUGAAGGUGUUCGCCACGAGGGUGCUACAACCGGUACAUACGAAACGGUCGGAGGCAUAAAAACCUACGUCGCCACACCUUCCGGCGACUACGCCAAGGAUAAGGCUCUCAUCUAUAUCCCAGACAUCUUUGGUCAGGAGUUAAACAACAACCUUCUGUUGGCAGAUGCAUAUGCCAAGAACGGAGUGAAGGUUUACUUCCCCGACAUCUUCGCUGGAGAUGCUGCUCCCGCUGAUGCAUUAACGCCUGGUUCCGGGUGGGAUCUUCGCGCCUGGGCAUCGAAACACACAGCCAAGGAGAUCAUGCCGAUUCUCGAGAGCCUCAUGCAGGCUCUCACAGCUCAGGGCGUAACGAAGUUUGCUGCUACAGGAUACUGCUUCGGAGCUCGCUUCGUGUUCAACCUCGCUUUCGAGAACAAAAUUGCCGUCUCCAUAACUGCUCACCCUUCCCAGCUUCAAAUCGAAGAUCUCGAGAAAUAUGCCCAAAUCUCGAAAGCGGCGCUGCUCAUCAAUUCGUGCACGCACGAUCCCAUGUUCACGUCGGAGAAAAUCGAAGCUGCAGACAGGCUGUUGGGCGAGAAGUUUGAGCCCGGGUACGAGAGGGCGCAUUGGGAAGGGUGUUCGCAUGGCUUUGCUGUCAGGGGCGACAUAAGCGAUCCUGUUGUCAAGGCAGGGAAGGAGGGAGCGUUCAAGAAGAGCGUCGAGUUCCUCAAGAAGUAUCUUUGACGUAUGUAUAUAAUUUAGUGCGGGUACAAUCGAAUAUUCCUGGAGCAAUCUCAAGACAUGAAA